CCCCGCGCAGGUGGAGGGGCGCAGGCGGCGGGGCGCAGCUGCCCGGGGCGCUCACACUCGAAGUGCGGCGGACGGGCCGGGCUGGGCACGGGCAGGGUGGCCCCAGCCCGUGGACCUGGUGGGGUGCGCGCGGGUUCCUCACUCGCGAGUAAUUGGAUUCGAGGAAUGAACUGGAAGGAAACGGAGGCGCUGCCCUGGCUGGGUUGCUGCCUCCGCGCCCUUCCCGAGUUCCAAGGUCUCCCCCGGCAGCAGGACGAGGAGCCGUCACGGGGACACCUGAGCCCGGGGGUCUCCCUGUCGCUCCAGGUGGGGCUCCCAGCCGUGCCGACUGCCCUCUUUGUUGUGCAACGAAACCAGUAUCUCGGGCAGCCCCGAGACCUCCAUGCGGAACCCCGCGCCUUGGGGUUGAAACGGCGGCCAGAGCAGAACCAACCCUGGAGCCCAGGUCCUCGCAGAGGGACCCAGUUGGGAGGCGGCAGUGCCUGGCUAUCCUGAGGAAAGGCCUGGUGGAGCCGCGGUGGCGGAGGUGGCUGGGCCUUGCACCUUUGAGCCCCCGCAGCCCGCAGCCCGCAGCCCGCAGCCGCUUUCCCGCUGAUCCCAACCCCGCCGCAGCACCCUGCUGGAUGUGGACCGCUGCCCUGGAUGUUUCCUGCCCUAGGGACAGCCGCCCCUACUGUGGCCAGGCCGCUGCGGUUCCCGGUGUUGCCAGAUGUGUGGGGUGUGUCACCGGACUACUCGGAGCUUCACCAGGGUGAGCGGUUCUGUUUUGUUUGUUUGGGUUUGUUUUAAGAGAUGGAGACUGAAAACCGAGCUCCCCUGUCCUCUCCCACGAGGCCAGGAGGGGAGCAGCUCUUGGGAGGGCAGGGAUCUCAGGGGCCACAGACUGCAGAGACCCAGGCUCCGCACGCACUGCCUGCGGUAUCCUCUCGGGGAGCAGUCAACGGAAUCUCUUUCCUACACUUUCCCUCUCGACGCGAGGACCUUUAAAAAUCCACCAACAAAUCCCGUCAUUGGGCUGGUGCUGCGUGUGCUCUCCUACUGCGCUUGUACCUCGCGCCCUGCCAUGAACAGCUGGGGGGACCCGCGCCCGGUCUCUGCCUGCGCAGCUGUCACCGGGAGUCGGAGGGACCCCACUCACCACAGCGCCCUGUGCGCACACCCGGCUGGGAGGCCCACGGUCGCAGCUCCGAUGGCUGCUCUCCUCCACGCGGUUGCCGAUGCCUCCCAUUCCUGCGCUGGGGCAAGGCCCCGAUGGCAACGAACCCCAGGAGCCAAGGCGCUCAAGGGACCGGGCGGCCUGGGCCCAGGGGCCGCCGGGUGGGAAGCCCCCUUUCGCAUCCCCAGACGCCCAAGCUGAGCAGCACAGUGGGGAGCAGCUCCGAAUCAGCUCCCGGAGAGUCUGCCGCUCCCGUUGCAGAGCUGUGCUCCGGGCUGCGCUCCGGGCUGUGCACCCCGCCCCGCGCUGCAGACAGGCUGGGUUUGAGAAUUAAAAGUGUGUCUGUGGCUCAGCA